AAGGGAAAGGGGAAGUGGACGGCUUGCGUACUUAUGCAUCUGCAUCUCGGCGUCUGGCCCUUUUCGAUCAGAUGGGGCGCAUGGCAUGGGAAAGUGGUUUUUUGUUGGCAGACAUGGCAAAUUUGGCACGGGGCGGUGCGGUGCGAUAUUCGAGGGUUAUAGGGUCUUUUGUCUUCUUUUUUUUAUCCCCUCCCCUCUUUCCAUUUCCUUCUUGCUCGUCUUUUUUAUUUUAUCUUGGCUGGUCGGUCUGCGUUUUGUGUUGGGGUGUAUAUGCGCGUCUCAUGUAUGUGUUGUGGAUAGGAUGGAAGGUUCUCCUGCUCGUCAGACAGAAACCCCCUGCCCCCAUUGCCUCGUAUGGCUCUAAUCUUCUUGAACUUGGUAACCUGGCUCUCUCUCUCUGUGUCCACCGUCGUUCAUUCGUUCCUUCGCUUGCCCCGGUCGGUGGGCGGUUUGUUAUAGGCAGGGCAUAAGGAUCAGUGGAACCGGGUUUUGGGACGGCUAACGGGACUCAGCACUCGCAAACCUCUCCGUCUGCGAUGGUCGUGGGAGAACUGGGCGGGAGCAAAUUGGGUGUUGGGUUGGGGGCGCUUGGUUGGAGAGGGGGGGGGUCGUGAAUAGGUGAGGGUAUGGACGAAAGGUUGGUGGAGUGGAAGGACGGGGAGGGCGUCUAUGGUGUCUUCGCGGGUUCCCUUCCUUGCAGAUGCCUCCCCGGGUAUGUUGUAGGGCCUUAUCCCUAGUCAUCAUCUACCUAACGUAGGCAGGGCAAUUACUACAUAACUUGCUCAAGCUCUGCAAAGUCACCAUCAUGCCAUGCUUCCCCUAAGGGCGCCCGGGAGUUAUCGAAAAGUCAAACAAGAUAAAUAGUUAUUUUGGUUCCUGUAUCUGGGCAUAGACGGAUCUCUGUCUACAGUGAUCAAUCCCC